GAAUUCAAAAUGAUAUUGAAGAAUCGCAAAGGCGCGUGUUUCGUAUUGCGUUUGCAUACAAUGCAAUAUUAUUUCGAUCAGCUGAUUUGAUAAAGGCUGAUGAUUUAAUUCUUACAUCAUAGAUGAUGAUCAUCUGUGUAUUCAAUUUAAGGAGAUGAAAUCAAAACUGAUACCAUUGGAUAUUACUUGAAACGUGUCUUUUAUGCUAACUGAGAGUUCUAAAAUUAUUGAUGACAAAUCUCCGGAUCUAAAAGUAUCAAACGUUCAAGUAACCAGUCAAUUUAGAAACACUCGAGGGCACACACUUUCGAGAAACGUUUCCAUGGCUUACACCUCUAUUUACGGUAACCAGUCGGACCUUUUUUAUUUCCUGUCGGGUUGGAAGGUCGAAGAGACUCGAACCCGUCACCGCGAUAUGAAAGUGGUAAAAUUAUCAUCCACGUAUAUAAAUUACGGCGAGCUCUGGAAAUAAGGAAUCGACGAUGAUUUCACACGAUCCAGUGAAAAGCCGUCUUUCCUCUCGGCAAACCGGGUAGCCGACAAAAGGCUAACCGGUUUCCGGAAAUGGUUAAUUCCUUUAUUAUACCCAUGAGUACGCACGAUCUUCUUUUCCUGCAGGUACAUGUUCGCUUAUGACCUUUGUGCUGAAGAAUAAAGAGCCGAGGUCAAAUGUUUCCAUACUCCAUAUUAAUUCAAGAUAAAUUUCAAAUUAUUCAAGAAUUAAAAAUCACCAAAUGGAUGAUGGUUAUUAGCAGGCAGUCCUGUGAAUAUUUUAGGUAACGCGUCAGACGUUUACUGGUUGACCUCUCGUCGAAGAGAAAAGCGAUUUUUCAUGUCGUUCUCCACGAAGGUGAAGAGACCAACAGCCUCUCGAAGGCCCUUUUUCUCUUCUUUUAGUCAUCGGAUGACGCGGUACGCGUCGAUGAACGAACGCGACCCCGUUUCUCCGGAUGAAAAAAACGAACGCGAACAAUAACCGCUCGUUUACGCGUAAACGCGUUAGAAAGUGCAGCCGAUCGAAUUGCGCGUCGAAGAUAAGAGAAAAUCAUCUCCUAUUCGUCGAAGAUGCGGUUUCUAGAAACCGAUACUGUAUCGAAUUGUUACAAGAAUGGAAGACUCGCAGCUGGUGUUGCAUUAUUUCUCUUAUCACCCUAAUGGCGUUUGCGUAACGGAUCUGCAAUUAAGCAACACGUGGAUAUCGUUAAUUUUCCUGCCAAUUGAAAAGCGACAUGUUAGACAACUGAUAAACCGAGGAACACGCGGUAUCCGACACUGGAGGUGGUGUAAAAGAUUCCGGUAAAGCACCGGAAGUCCCCAGGACUGACCACGAGUUACGCAGAAAAAUGGAACGUGGUCUUCACGAACGUGAUCGCGUCGGAGUCCAGGAUUUUGUCCUCCUGGAGGAUUUCCAGAACGAGAAUGCGUUCAUCGACAAUCUGCGAAAACGUUUUCACGAGGAUCUGAUUUAUACAUACAUUGGUCAAGUACUGGUAUCUGUGAAUCCUUACAAGAAAUUGCCAAUUUACAAUCAAGAAACUAUCCAGUACUAUCAUCGUAGAAACUUCUUCCAGGCUCCUCCACACAUCUUUGCACUCGCAGAUACCGCUUAUCAGUCCCUGUUGAAAGAAAAUCUGGAUCAGUGUAUUCUCAUCUCUGGCGAAUCCGGUUCAGGAAAGACCGAAGCUUCGAAGAAGGUCCUGGAAUUUAUCGCAGCCGCGACCGGCCACAAGAAACAAGUGGAAGAAGUAAAUGAUAAAUUGAUCGGUAGCAAUCCUGUACUCGAAGCAUUCGGAAAUGCGAAAACUGAUCGCAAUGAUAAUUCGUCCCGUUUCGGCAAGUACAUGGAUAUCCAAUUUAAUUUCCAGGGAGAUCCAAUUGGUGGAAAUAUCUUGAAUUAUCUACUGGAGAAGUCAAGGGUGGUUCAUCAAUUUUCUGGUGAACGUAAUUUCCACAUCUUCUAUCAAUUAUUAGCUGGAGCAAGUGAAGAGACUCUACGAGACUUGUAUCUAAAGAGAAAUUUGGAUACAUACUAUUACCUGAGCAAUGGGACGAAAGGCACAGUAGAUACUAUUGAUGACGCGACUCAAUACCAAGAGGUAAUGAAAGCAAUGAAGACUAUGGAAAUGAGUCAGCAUGAACAGAAUGAUUUAUUCGCAAUAGUCGCCUCCGUAUUGCACAUGGGAAAUGUUGGAUUCACCGAGAAAGAUGGAGUCGCUCAAAUUUUAAAGCCGGCUUCUGUUGAGGCUGUCGCCUCUCUACUGGGCUGCGACUUGAAGCAACUAGCGCAAGCUUUUACACACCGCACCAUAGAUGCUCGGGGUGACGUAGUCAUUUCCCCGUUGAACAGAGAAUUCGCAAUCUAUGCACGCGAUGCAUUAGCGAAAGCUGUGUAUGACAGAUUAUUCACGUGGCUCGUGACCAGAUUGAAUAAAUCAUUGCAAUCGAUUAACGAUCGACGACGCAAGAUGGUCAUAGGUAUUCUGGACAUUUAUGGUUUCGAAAUUUUCCAAAAGAACAGCUUUGAACAAUUCUGUAUAAAUUACUGCAACGAGAAGUUACAACAGUUGUUCAUUCAGUUAACGUUGAAAUCGGAGCAAGAAGAGUAUCUGAGGGAGGGAAUAACUUGGGAAAAUAUUCAAUAUUUUAAUAACAAAGUUAUUUGCGAUUUGAUUGAAGAAAAACAUAAAGGAAUUAUAUCUUUGAUGGAUGAGGAAUGCCUUCGUCCUGGUGAACCAACUGAUUUGAGCUUCCUGGAGAAGUUGAAUGUAAAUUUGAACAAUCAUCCCCAUUACAUAAGUCACAUGAAAGCAGACUUACAAACGCAGAAAGUUAUGGGACGAGAUGAGUUUAGAUUGGUACAUUAUGCUGGCGACGUAACAUACAAUGUCCGUGGGUUCUUGGAAAAAAAUAAUGAUUUGUUAUAUAGAGAUUUACGUGAAGUAAUGUCCCACACAACGAAUUCGAUCAUCAAGAAUGUGUUUGAUGUAAAAGAUUUGACCAGCAAGAAGCGACCAGAUACAGCUAUUACACAAUUUAAAAACAGCUUAAAUAAUCUUGUGGAAAUCCUUAUGGACAAGGAACCUUCUUAUAUUCGUUGUAUCAAACCCAACGAUUACAAGAUGGCCAAUCAAUUCAAAGAUAAGAUUGUGCUGCACCAAGUAAAGUAUUUAGGUCUUAUGGAGAAUCUACGAGUAAGGCGAGCUGGUUUCGCCUAUAGAAGACCAUACGAGCAGUUUUUGCAACGUUACAAAUCCCUGUGUCCACAAACUUGGCCUAAUUAUCAUGGUCCAGCUAAAGAAGGCGUUCAGAUACUUGUAUGUUUCCUUGGUUUUGAACAGGAUGAAUACAGGAUGGGCAACACAAAGCUGUUCAUUCGAUUCCCCAAAACGUUAUUCGACACGGAAGACGCCUUUCAAAUGAAGAAGCAUGAGAUAGCUGCUAUUAUUCAAAGUAAAUGGAAAUGUAUACGGACAAGGCGAAGAUUCUUAAACAUGAGAAAAGCGGCGAUAGUCUUCCAAAAAUAUAUACGUCGAUGGCUUGCUAAACGUGAGGCUGAAAAAAGAAAAAAAGCAGUCAUUACAAUUAGAAGAUUUAUUGAAGGAUUUAUUACCCGAAAUGGACCACCAACUGAGAUUAACGUGGCUUUUAUCGAGUUAGCGAAAUAUCAAUGGUUGAUCAAGCUCUCUAAAACACUUCCAGAAGGUGUUUUGAAUAAUUAUUGGCCCCCAUCUCCAUACGCAUGUCGAGAAGCUUCUGAACACUUGCGAAUUUUAUACAAAAGAUGGAAAGCAAGGAAAUAUAGAUUAGCUUUGUCAAGAGAAGACAAGGAACAAUUUGAGUUAAAGAUUUUAGCUGAAUCUCUAUUUAAAGGAAAGAAGAAAUCAUAUCCAAAAAGUGUGGGACCGAGAUUCCAAAAUGAUAGACUCGGUGCUGAACAUAAAGCAUUAAGACAGAGUUUCAUUAACAACAUUCUUCCAAGGGAUGAAACCAUAAAGUACGCGACUCCUGUUAUUAAAUACGAUCGACAUGGUUAUAAACCCCGCGAGAGGGUAUUAAUUUUAACAGAAAACGCAGUAUACAUUUUAGACACACUGAAGACUUUCAAACUUAAGCACAGGCUCCCUUAUAAAUCUAUUGAAGAAUUGGUGGUUACUGGAGAAUCAGAUAAUUUAUUAAUUAUGAGGAUACCGCCUGAGUUGAAGAAGGACAAGGGUGAUUUAAUAUUGGAAGUACCACAUACAAUAGAGGCGCUAACAAAAGCAAUUGAUAUCACUAACAAUCCAAAUAUUCUUAAAAUUGUUAAUACGGAGUCGGUCUCACAUAAACUAGUCAGUGGAAAAGAAGGUGUAAUUGAAUUUAGAACUGGUACAACACCAGCUAUUAGUAAAAACAGACAAAGUGGACAUUUACUAGUGGUGGCAUCUCCAUAACAUCUGAAAGAAGUUUUAAAUAGAAGUAAUUCUGUACUUAGAAAAAAGUGUUCAACAUAUAAAGUACAAUGUAAUGCAGCCUUACUUGAUGUGAUCUACAAUGGAAGACUAUUAAGAAGAGAUAAUAUAUUAAAACUUAGUACAUUUAUUAAACCACAUUCGCAAUUUC